AUGGCGCCAAAAGCGCUGCCACAGAUCAAGGGAAAGCCGAUGCUCAAAGGGACUGACGACUACGAAAAGAAACGAGCUGAGAUUGUGCAAGCGCUGAACGAAGCCAUCCCCGAAGAGUACCAUCUCGACAAGAGCCUGGUUGAGAAGCCACCACUUGAUGUCACGCAGAUACCCCGAUCGUGCGGCAUCCUCACUCCAACAGACCUUGAAAUCACUGAGGACCACGACGCAACUAGCUUGCUCAAAGCCAUCGCCAGUCGAAAGUACACUUCAGUCCAAGUGGCCACAGCAUUCUGCAAACGGGCCGCGAUAGCUCAUCAGCUCACCAGCUGCCUGACCGACUUCUUCCAAGAUGAAGCCCUGGAACGGGCUCAGUACCUCGACAAGCAUCUCGAGGAACACGGCAAACCAAUAGGUCCACUGCAUGGCCUACCUAUCUCAAUCAAGGCACACAUGGCCAUCACCGAGCGGUACUCCGACUGGGGCUCAUUGUACUCGCUGAAGAAGAUCGAACACGACAGCCUCACAGCCAAGAUCUUGCGGGAAGCCGGAGCCGUCUUUUACGUCAAAACCAAUCAACCGCAGUCGAUUAUGCAUCUAGAGACAGACAGCUUCUGGGGCCGCACUCUCAAUCCUUACAACAUCAAUCUAUCUUCUGGUGGCUCAUCAGGCGGGGAAGCCGCCCUGAAUGCUUUGCGCGGAUCUGUGAUGGGCGUUGGCUCGGACAUUGGCGGAAGCAUUCGAGGACCUGCUGGCUUCUGCAACAUACAUGGCUUCAAGCCACAAGGCUUCACCACAGGAGGAUUCGCCGCAGAGCUCAACGUCCUCGCCACUGGCGGCCCCAUGUGUCGUACCCUCCGCGACGCAGAUCUCUACAUGCGAGUAAUGCGCUCCGCCAACCUACACCUCCACGACCCAUCCAUAAUCCGCACACCGUGGACCGGCCUCGCCACAGAGCUCUCAAAACCCCUCAAAAUCGGCAUCAUGAAGCACGACGGCGCCAUCACCCCCCACCCACCAGUAACCCGCACCCUCAACUGGGCCACCUCCACGAUCAAGUCCUCCCCCCUCGCCUCCCAAUUCACCCUGAAACCCUUCAGCUCCUACAAAGCCGCCCACGGCCAGGAACUCCUCCACAGCAAACUCUACUUCCCCGAAACCCCGUCCCACCUCCGCGCCGAAUUCACUGCUACCGGCGAACCCGAACUACCGUUAACAACCUGGGCAUUCCGCAAGGCGCCCCAGCAAGAACUCAACGCGACCGAGAUCGCCGAGCAGCGCUGGCAGCGCGAUCGUUUCCGUCGGGAGUUUCUCGCACACUGGAACGCGCAGGAUGUGGACUUUGUCCUCUGUCCUGUGUUUGUUGGUGCAGCGAGUAUGCAUGACACGGCGAAAUACUGGAAUUAUACGAGCUUGUGGAAUUUGGUGGAUUACCCUGGGAUGGUGAUUCCGACGCCGAUCAGAGUCAAGGAUAAGGCAGAAGAGGACAAGUAUCCUGAAGACUGGGAGGCGAUGAGUGAGGAGGACAAGGAUGUGAGGCGGAUGUGGGAGGAGGGGGGGUUUGAGGGCGCGCCGAUUGGGUUGCAGGUCGUGGCGAGGAAGUGGUUUGAUAAUGAGCUGAUGGCUGCUGUGGGGAUGUUGGAGGAGGCGUUAGGGUAUAGGCCGUUACCGGGGGAGGACGAGGUGCCCGUGCUGGACUGGAAUAAGCUACAGAGAGGCCUCUGUACAUGA